GGAAAUGCAAAGUCCCUCCCUUGAUAUCCACGAGAUUGAGAAUAGAACCAUCGUCGAAGCUAUUAACACGAAGAAGGAAAUCUUUAAAGGAGAUAUUAAUGGCUUCCUUAACUCACUCAGUGAGGAAGAAUUUGCAGUUUAUAUGCAACAAGCUGAGCUCAACGGCGAAGAUUUAUGGAAUACUGGCAGAGAAAAUACCCUAAAUGUCGCUUUUGAAGGGGAGGAUUAUACUGAGAUUAAGGAGAAAGAAUCCUUAGAACAAUCAAGACAAGAAGAAAUAUUAAGAGAGCAGUUUGAAAUUAUAGAAUCAGCGAAUAAACUUGAUCUCAUGAUUUUUAAAGCGGUCUCGUUUAAUGAUUUCAUUCAAAUAUUUGAUAUUGGUUGUUUUGAAAAACUUCCAUUAUUUGUAAAAUUGUUCUAUUUGAAGGAACUGUUGCAGUAUAAUUCACUAUAUGAGAAUCGAGCGUUCGGUUAUAUGUCACUCUUCAUUGCUGGUGCAAACUAUGCUUACUACUACUUUAUGAAAUAUAUAUAUUUCUCUAGCAAGAUGAAAUUAAUGUCUAUUCCAAGAUUUAUUCUAUUAUUCUUUAUAAGUGAUUCAGUUCAUUCUGAAAUAGUGCUAAGAUAUCAAAACAUUGGAGGUCAUUACGUAGACCUGAAUGCUUUACUAGACACUGAUGACCUCUUUCUCUAUGACGAUCCUUAUUACAGAGCAUUGAUUAAGAGAGUGCUGACGAUUUACCCUCAAUAUGUCAAUGAUAAUUUUGACUUUAACGAAAUCCUUGAGGAAAAGUCGGAAAUAUUUGAUAAACACUUUGCUGCUAGAGGGAAUAAGCAGUACUUUCCUCCUGAUGUCAUGGACGUCUUCAAUAUCUCCCUCGGUGUUGAGCAGGACAAAAAGUGGAGACAUUCCUCGAUAAACGCUUUUGAUCGGAUGAUGGAGAAGUAUGGGUCCUUCUUCAACAAACAAAAGGAAGAGUUUAUCAAAUAAGGCCAUGGAUAUUUACGGAACCAAGGUUAACUCUGAGCUAGUAUCUUCCCUUGUUGAGUAUCAUGACCUGAUGAAGGAGAAUAAGCUUGGGAAAGAGACCAGAGGGGUUAAUCCCAUUCUUAAUGCUCCAGAGCAUGAUUACAUGAAGAUGCUUGAAGAAGCAGUUGAUGUUCUGGAUGAACAUUACGAUGGAAUCGAUAUCAACAACCAAAUGCCAGUAGAAGAGAGAAUCGAGGUUUUAAGGCAUUACGAUGAAUUUGAUAAGAAACUAGCUGAGACAGAAUUCCCCCAGGCAGAUGACCUCCUUGAUGUGACAAUUGGAGAAGAGGAUAUUCAGAAUUUUAAAGACAAAGCAAGGUUUCUUCCACAAAGAAAUAUGAGCUACAAGGAAUUCCUAAAUAUUGAGGAGAAAUUUCGAGCUGCUGACUUCGAGCGGAGCAGUUUUCUGUCAUAUAGUCUUCCUUGAGCUUAUGCUUUGACGUACCUAGUCAAGAGGAUAUUUAAGUAAAUUGAAAUACAAAUAAC